AUGAAGGGCCUGUUGGAUCGCACGAAGGUGGUGCUGAGGCACCUGCCCCCCACGAUUUCUCAGUCGAACCUCGUCGAGCAUAUUGAUUCCAGAUUCUCCGGCCGCUACGGUUGGCUCGCCUUCCGCCCUGGAAAAUCGAGCACAAAGCAUUUAACUCACUCUCGAGCUUAUAUCAACUUCAUAAGACCAGAGGAUGUCAUCGAAUUUGCAGAGUUUUUUAAUGGCCAUGUUUUUGUCAAUGAGAAAGGGUCUCAAUUUAAAGCUAUUGUUGAGUAUGCUCCUUCCCAGCGUACUCCAAAACAAUGGUCUAAGAAAGAUGGCCGUGAAGGGACUGUAUUGAAAGAUCAUGAAUAUUUGGAGUUCCUUGAAUUUCUUGGGAAGCCAGUUGAGAAUCUUCCCAGUGCAGAGAUACAGCUGGAGAAAAAGGAAGCAGAACGAGCAGGCGCCCCCAAGAAUGUCCCAAUAGUUACACCAUUAAUGGAAUAUGUUCGUCAGAAAAGAGUUGCAAAGUUUGGGGCUCGGAGAACCGUGUUGAAUGGCAAGUCUUCAAGAAAAGUCGGUGGAAUUUCAUCCAAGAGUCCUGUCUCAGGUUCAUUAAAACGAGGCUCUGAAAAAAAGACUUCUACCAUGUAUGUCUUAAAGGACAGCUCAAAGGGUGUCGGAGGGAAGGACAAACAAACUUUCCUGGUAGUUUCUAAACACAACGAUCAACUCGCUGACAAGUCCGACAUUUCAGCUUCUGUCUCCAGAGAUGCUGCACCGGAAAGGGAUUCUGAUGACUUCCCAGUUUGGCUGGUGUAUGAGAAAAGCAGAAAAACUAAUGAAGUCUUAUUUUCUUUUCGUUCUUCGCAGGAUGCAUUGAUUUCAUCCGAUAAUUCACAUAGUUCAGCAACUUUCAGAAACAAUCAGCAACGUGACACAAAAGGAAGGAUUAUCAGGAGUAUCCUCCUUAACAAAGAUCCUCAUAAGAAUCAACCAUCACUAGGGUCUCAAUGUGAACUGAGAACUCCGGGUUUGAAUCAAGACAGGGACAAAAAACUUCCCCGGCCCCCAAUCAGUCAGUUUCUUCACAACGAAACAAUUGGGGUACCCGAAGAUAAGGCAGCUAUUAAUGAUUCACGUGCUGUACGUACUGAGAAGAAGGAAAGGCGAACGAAAAAUAGGGAUAGGCCUGACCGUGGUGUAUGGACUCCUAUCCGGCGUUCAGAGGGAUCACAUGCAAGUGAUGACUCGUUAUCUUCUUCUGCUUCCCAAACCUCCCAAGUUGUGGAUUCUGCAGAAGAUGCGAAAAAUGAGAUACCGGUUACUCGUGGUGGAAAUUAUAAACACAGUGGCAGUGGUCGCAACAGUCAUUACUCUGUUGAAAAUGGUUAUCGAAAUGGGGGGUGCCGUGGUUCCGCUUACAAUGUGAAGGAUGCCAAUGGCUCUUCAGUUGUGGAGAGGAAACCUUUGAAACAUGGAGCUUCAUCUGGUUAUGGCGCCCAUGAGAAACAAGUGUGGGUCCAAAAGUCCAGUUCGGGCUCAUAG